AUGGCCGACUUCAAGAAGCCCUUUGUAGAAGAGAUCGAGAUCUUCAGUCCCGUACACGAUGUGUACCCAUUGAUCAGCCCCGACUCUCACUUUGCGAACAAGACCUUCAAGGAUAAGGUCGUCAUCAUCACUGGCGGAUCCGUCGGCAUUGGCCUCACAACUGCCCUCUUCUACGCUCGUGCCGGCUCCAAGGUUCUCAUCGUCGCGCGCCGCGUCCCGAUCCUCGAAGAAGCCAAACAGAAGAUCGAGAAGGAGGUCCCUGGAGCUCAGGUUCAGAUCGUCGCUGGUGACAUCUCCGAGCCUGAAGUCGGCAAGCGCGUCGUAGAUGCGGCCGUCCAGACCUGGAGUAAGGUCGACAUCGUCAUAGCUAACCAGUUUACUUCUGUCGCCGGACCCAUCAACAAGUUCGGAGAGAAGGAUCCCAGUGCGUGGUGGACCACUCAGGUGGUCAACGUUCGCGGGACUCUGAACAUUGUUCACGCGGCUCUUCCUGAGCUUCUCAAGACCAAGGGUCAAGUUCUUGCCACCACUUCGGGGGCUGCACAUGCUCGCCUUCCUUUCUUGAUGGAUUACUGCAUUAGCAAGCAUACUCUCAACCGCUUCAUCGAGAUCCUUGCAUUGGAUUAUCCUGAGCUCAAGUUCUAUGCCCUUCAUCCUGGAGCAAUCCCCACUCCUGGAUCUACAGCUGCUGUAGCCAGUAUGGGUUUGCCAGAGGGUGCCCUUCCGCAACCUGAUACGCUUGAACUUGCCGCUGCAACCUUCCUUUGGCUCACGGCGCGCAAUGCUGAGUUCCUUAACGGACGUUACGUGCAAGCUACCUGGGACCUCAACGAAGUCCUGGCCAAGAAGGAAGAGAUUGUGCGCGACAACCUCCUCGUUACCAAGCUCGCCGGGCCCGCCAAGUCCACUUGA